UGCGUGGGCGGUGCGGCGUGCCGAGCAGCCUCGCCCCCCGGCGCGCGGCGGGAAACCCUACCGGUCGGCCCCCCACCCCACGGCGGACCCGAGGGGGGGCCCGGAUGCGGGAGCGGCUUUGCGGGAACUCGACAAAACGCGAAGCGUUCUCGAGGACCCGCUUUUGCUUUUCUACAAGAUGUUAGGAUAUUUGGAGCACCCAGUCGUGGUGACGGCGGACAUCAACUUGAACGUUGUGGCUCUGACUGCGGUGGGGUUACUGAGCCGUCUGUGGCAGCUCUCCUAUCCAAGGGCCGUGGUUUUUGACGAAGUGUAUUACGGGCAGUACAUCUCUUUUUACAUGAAGCGGAUCUUCUUUUUGGAUGGCAGUGGGCCACCAUUCGGCCACAUGCUGCUGGCACUGGGAGGUUAUUUGGGAGGAUUCGACGGUAACUUCUUGUGGAAUAGAAUCGGAGCAGAAUACAGCAGCAACGUGCCCGUGUGGUCCCUGCGCCUGCUGCCGGCGCUCACGGGGGCCCUGUCGGUCCCCAUGGCCUACCAGAUCCUGAUGGAGCUCGGUGCUUCUCACUGGGCCGCCACGGGGGCCGCUCUGCUGAUGCUGAUCGAGAACGCGCUCAUCACUCAGUCACGGCUAAUGCUUUUGGAGUCCGUGUUGAUAUUUUUUAACCUGCUGGCUGUGCUCUCCUACCUGAAGUUUGCCAACUGCCAGAAGCAGAGGCCCUUCUCUCUGAGCUGGUGGUUUUGGCUGAUGCUGACAGGAGUGGCCUGCUCCUGCGCCGUGGGCGUCAAAUACGUGGGUGUUUUCACAUACCUGCUCGUGCUCGCUGUCGCCGGCGUCCACGCCUGGCAUCUGAUAGGAGACCGGACGCUCUCAAACGUCUGCGUGCUCGGUCACGUGCUUGCCCGCGCGGCAGCUCUGCUGGUCGUCCCGGCCGCCAUGUACUUGCUGUUCUUCUACGUCCACCUGAGUCUGGUCUACCGCUCCGGGCCCCACGAUCAGAUCAUGUCCAGUGCCUUCCAGGCCAGCCUGGAGGGAGGGCUGGCUCGGAUCACGCAAGGCCAGCCCCUGGAGGUGGCCUACGGUUCCCAGGUCACUCUGAAGAACGUCUUCGGCAAACCCGUGCCCUGCUGGCUUCAUUCCCACCAGAGCACCUACCCCAUGAUAUACGAGAACGGCCGAGGCAGCUCGCACCAGCAGCAGGUGACCUGUUACCCCUUCAAAGAUGUGAACAACUGGUGGAUUGUAAAGGACCCCGGGAGGCAUCAGCUGGUGGUGAACAACCCCCCAAGGCCCGUGCGGCACGGAGACGUGGUGCAGCUGGUGCACGGCAUGACCACACGCUUCCUCAACACGCACGACGUCGCGGCGCCCCUGAGCCCCCACUCGCAGGAGGUGUCCUGCUACAUCGACUACAACAUCUCCAUGCCCUCCCAGAACCUCUGGAGACUGGAGAUCGUGAACAGAGAAUCCAACACGGAGGUUUGGAAGACCAUCUUGUCCGAGGUCCGCCUGGUGCAUGUGAACACCUCCGCGGUGCUGAAGCUGAGCGGGGCACACCUCCCGGACUGGGGGUUCCGGCAGCUGGAGGUCGUUGGGGAGAAGCUGUCCCGGGGCCACCACGAGAGCGCCGUGUGGAACGUGGAAGAGCACCGCUACGGCAGGGGCCAGGAGCAGAAGGAGAGAGAGGUGGAGCUGCACUCACCCGCGCAGAUGGACUUCAGUAGGAAUCUGAGCUUCAUGGCCAGGUUCCUGGAGCUGCAGUGGAGGAUGCUGACGGCCAAGAGUGACGGCUCGGAGCACAAGUACAGCUCGUCGCCGCUGGACUGGGUCACACUGGACACCAGCAUCGCUUACUGGCUGCACCCCAGGACCAGCGCUCAGAUCCACCUGCUUGGAAACGUUGUGAUCUGGGCUUCAGCCAGCCUCGCCACUGUGGUCUACGCCCUGCUCUUCUUCUGGUACCUGCUGAGACGCCGGAGAAAGAUCUGUGACCUCCCCGAGGAUUCCUGGCUGCGCUGGGUGCUGGCGGGGGCUGUGUGUGCCGGCGGCUGGGCAGUGAACUACCUCCCCUUCUUCCUGAUGGAGAAGACGCUCUUCCUCUACCACUACCUGCCGGCGCUCACCUUCCAGAUCCUCCUGCUCCCUGUAGUCUUGCAGCACAUCAGCGACCGCCUGUGCAGGACCCAGCUCCUGCGGAGCCUCUUCGGCGCCCUGCUUGUGGCCUGGUACUCCUGUGCCUGUCACGUGUUCAACGCGCUGCGCCCGCUGACCUACGGGGACAAGUCCCUCUCCCCCAGCGAGCUGAAGGCCCUUCGCUGGAAAGACAGCUGGGACAUUUUGAUCCGGAAAUACUAGCAGGACGCGAACCCAGUGAACGUGUGGGCUUGGGCCGGGCCCGGGUAGCACUUCUGUGGGGGACUCACUCGUGACGGGGCUGGCCAGGCUGCCGUCCUCACAGAAGCAUUUUGCUCCAAGCAACAAGGUUUCUUCGCGCCCUCUGGGUCCACUAACGUCCAAGACCCCCCCCUGAACCCGGCUAGUGCAGGCCCCAUGGUGGAGGAGAAACCGGAAGGGAGUGGGCUGGGAGGGGGAGGGAGGGUCGCGCCCGCUGGACCACGGCGUCUCUGCCCCUGACCCCGGGGAGGUCUUGAGGACGCGCUCCGACCCCUGUGGGGUCAAACAAGCUACUGAGCGACAAGCCUUUGAUGAAGCCGAGGUGGGAUUCUAGUCACUGCCCUGGGGACCCUGUGACUCUUAACCCCCCACCCCUGCGGGAUUUGGCUGAGGUGCCCGGGCGAGCGGCCCGUUGGCUGAGGCUGACCCCGUCCACGCAGGGUCCUGGUCCUGAAUAUGCUUUCUGUGUGUAAUUAAAAAAGGAACAAAUUGGUAUCAGUA